AUGUCCCUCCGCUCGCUGCUCGCCCGCAUCCUCGCGAUCCUGCUCCCCCUCAGCGCCGCCGCAACAAUCUACCUAUAUCUAUACCCCGUUUUCAAUGGCUGCGCAUUUCCUCUCCCUCGCACUCAGGUGACAAGGGCCGAAGCCCCUUCAGCCCUAGAUAAACUCCAGCAAAAUGCCAUCACGAACACCCUCCUACAGCACCUCCUCCCAGACUCCGAGACGAACAACCAGCCCGCCAUCUUCAGACUCCUAGUCCUCGCAGACCCUCAAUUAGAAGGCGAUACUUCCCUCCCAUUCCCAGAGUUUGAACUAGUCCCACGCAUGCGAACACACUGGCGCGCCGUCCAAGAAGCAAUUGGCAAUGUCUCAACUACAACACCCUUGCCGCUCUCCCUCCUGAACGCCAACGUGCUCUCAAACAUCACAACCGGUCUUUGGACACUAGCGAAGGAAGAUAUUCCUCGCUCACUAAGCGCAACACAAAAACGCAUUGAUCUCCUCGGGAACGACUACUACCUUGCGCACAUCUACCGCACACUCUUCUGGUGGACUCGCCCUACACACACCACCGUCCUCGGCGAUCUGCUUGGCAGCCAAUGGAUUUCAGACGAAGAAUUCUCGGACCGGAGCCAGCGGUACUGGGAUCGAGUCUUCCGAGGCGGACUACGUGUCGAUGACGAUAUUACCUGGACCGGUGCUGUAGCCAGCCACACCGCGGACCAAGAUAAAUCAGACAAACACCUUGAGCCCUUAGGCCCAGGAUCCAACCCUGACUGGCCACGACGCAUUAUCAAUGUUGCCGGAAACCACGACAUCGGAUACGCAGGAGACGUGAGCGAAGCGCGGAUGGACCGCUUCGAGCGUGAUUUUGGUCGCGCGAACUGGGAUAUCAGAUUCCAGCACCCGCCUGUUCUACGUGGUAUCAAUGACAGUACCCCAGAACAAUCAGAAGACUCUGUUUCACCUGUUACGCCUACAUUGCACGUUAUUAACCUAAACACACUCAUCAUGGAUACACCUGCUUUAUCAUCUGAGCUCCAGUCCCAGAGCUACGUCUACCUCAACGACCUUAUUAGCCACCGUCUCUAUCCCGUGGAAGAUAAAUCUGCUUUCACAUUGCUGCUUACCCAUCUACCUCUGCACAAGAAAGACGGCAUCUGCACUGAUGGCCCUUUGUUCACAUUCCACCAGGAAGACGACGAUGAAGGCACUGACGGCGUCCCACGCUACCUGGCUGGUGGUUUGCGGGAGCAAAAUCAUCUGAGUGAUUUCGUUAGUGACAGCGGUAUCCUCCGUGGUAUUUUCGGUAUGAGCGGGGAUGAGAAUGCGUUCAUGGGUGGUCGUGGACGGAAAGGACUUAUCCUCACUGGCCAUGACCAUACAGGCUGUGAUGUAGUGCACUAUGCUGAGCAUGCGACCCCAGAAACAGAAACAGAGGCAGAGGAAGAAAAGAAGGAAAAUGAGGAAUCGCAAAAUUGGAAAUGGGCUGCCAGACGGUACACCCAGAACGAACACAACGAUUCAACACAGGGUCCCUCCAUCCGUGAAGUCACGCUUCGGUCUAUGAUGGGCGAAUUUGGUGGUAAUGCUGGACUUCUUUCUAUGUGGUUUGAUGCUGAUCUCGGUGAAUGGGAUUAUGAGAUUACCAUGUGCCCCGCUGGUGUGCAGCAUAUUUGGUGGGCGGUGCAUGUUAGUAUCUUAGUAACGGGUGUUGUUGCUUUGCUUUGGGGUUUGACUGGAUUUGUUAGAGAUGGGGGGUCUAGGAAGGUCGUGGAUGCGGCUUUAAAGACAGAGAUACCAAGUGGGAAGCUUAAGGCCAAGCCUUAA